CACACACACACACGCAUGCAAACACUCACAUGAACACUUGCAGGCUCACCGUUGAUGUGCUGCCACAGGACAGAGGGAGGGAGGGAGAGAAGCAUUCAAACAGGAGAUCCUCAGCAAACUGAAGUAAAGAGGAAGGAAGAAAAGAAGGAGCACAUCAGCCAGGAGGAGUGUGUUCACGACAAAAACACAGCCUCAGAGAGUGCAUUGUCCUGCUUAUAUUGUACUUUUGAAGGAGCGGACUGCACGUCUACUCCCAGGAGAAAAGGAUUCACAAUGACUGGGAGAAGUUGGGGAAUCUAAGGGAAUCUCUGAGAAUUCACUGGGAAUACCAUUUGGAAUACUCUGGAUAGUUGAGAUGCACAGGAAAUCAUCUCUCCACCCAAACCUGUGCUUUUGAAGCUCAUCCUCAUUUAGUCAAAACGCUAUUGGAGAGCCAAAACUAGCCACAAUGCCCACCGACGAUUAUAACUACCUGCCCGAUGCAUUGCCGCCGCUUCCUGAAGUCCCGGACUCUGGCUCUGGCCUGAGCUCCGUUGACAUCCCGGCCCGCUGCCUCCGUAACCCGGUGUUCCGGCACGCCUCGUCGCGCUACUGCUCCGCCCUCAGCAUGGACUCCUCUCUGGACAGCGCCGAACGGCCGAUCAGCUACAGCUCCACCUCGUCGUCCGCCUCCUCCCGGGACAGUCACUGCUCUCUGGGCAGCCGCUCCACCCUUGUCCCUGCCCCUCACUGUAACCCAGUGGCCUCAGACCGGGACUCUGGGGCUAUUCGGUUGGAACUGGUCCCGGCCCGGCAGCUGGGAUGUGCUGAGGAAGAGGACAGAAAUGAUAGAGGGACGGAUGCGGGGAGGGGGCAAGGGAGACAGAGCUAUGAACAGACUCCAACAGAACAUUCAGAGCCAGAGCAAAGUCCAGAGGGGGUCGAGCGGAUGGGUCAGGGACCUAGAACAUAUGUGGACCGAGUGGUGCAGGAGAUCCUGGAUACAGAGAGAACAUAUGUCCAGGAUCUGCGAAGCAUUGUCGAGGACUACCUGGAGUGUAUCAGUAACCAGUCGCGACUGGCCCUGAGUCCAGAGGAUAAAAGUUCUCUCUUCGGCAACAUCCAGGACAUCUACCACUUUAACAGGGACCUUCUCCAUGAUCUUGAGAAGUGUAACGCUGACCCCGUCGCCAUCGCAGAGUGCUUUGUUUCCAAGAGUGAGGAAUUCCACAUUUAUACCCAGUACUGCACCAACUAUCCACGGUCGGUGGCUGUGCUCACCGAGUGCAUGAGGAACAAGGUGUUGGCCAAGUUUUUCCGCGAGCGCCAGGAAUCUCUGAGGCACUCCUUGCCCUUGGGCUCCUACCUGCUCAAGCCAGUGCAGAGGAUCCUCAAGUACCACCUACUGUUGCACGAGAUAGCCAGUCACAUGGAGAAGGACACGGAGACCUACGAGGUCGUGCAGGAAGCCAUAGACACAAUGCAGAGAGUGGCCUGGCACAUCAAUGACAUGAAGAGGAAACACGAGCACGCCGUCAGGUUGCAGGAAAUCCAGAGCCAGCUAACCAACUGGAAAGGCCCCGAUCUGAUAGGCUACGGAGAAUUGGUCCUUGAAGGAACGUUUCGUCUUCAGCGAGCCAAGAAUGAGAGAACUCUCUUCCUGUUCGACAAGCUCCUGCUCAUCACCAAGAAGCGAGAAGAAUCCUACACAUACAAGGCUCACAUCCUGUGCUGUAACCUGAUGCUCGUGGAGGUUAUUCCAAAAGAACCGCUGAGUUUCAGUGUGUUCCACUACAAGAAUCCCAAACUGCAGCAUACAGUCCAGGCCAAAUCACAACAAGACAAGCGCAUGUGGAUCUUGCACCUCAAGAGACUCAUACUUGAAAACCACCCGGCCAAAAUCCCUGCUAAGGCCAAGCAAGCCAUUUUGGAAAUGGAUGCAAUGCAUCAUCCUGGGUUUCAUUACAGCCCCAAUAGCGACAAGAAGGACUCCCCUCAAACCAAGGAUGGUCCAACUCCACGAAGAGGACGCAGGAAAGAACCUCUGUCCAAAUUACUGAAAAACGCCAAGCAGAAUGCUGCUAACACAGACGGUGAAAAGCGAACAAGCUUGGGUGCCACCCUCCUCUCUCCAGUGUCCCAGCUGGCUCUGGGCACAAUCGGCCGCAGCCGCAGCCUCAUCAACCAAUCACAAGAAUCCCUGGACCCCGGGGAUCACUAUGACCACAGUGAUCGAGAGGAAGGAGAGGAGCAACAUCAGCAGGAUGCCGACGAUGAGGAUGACAGUGGCCUGGGAGGUGGAAAGAGGCUGCGAGUCCCAGGCAAGAGCAGCAGGAAGAGGCUGAAUCCACAGGCGUCUGUUGAUAGUAUAGAACAGUGGAAGGCCUUCAAUAUGAGCACCUCAGACUUACAGAGAGCAAGAGAAUCCCUGGUGAGGGAUGGUAGUCACCACCCGCCACUUCGCAGGACACCUCGUGUGACCGAGGAACCUCCCGACUCUCCUAUUCCCUCUGUGAUUGUCACAGAAAGUGACAGUUCCGUGAGGAACAUCUGGGCAGACCAUCGGGCUCGCAGGGCCAUGUUCCCCACCCGCCAGAGAACCAUGCAGCCUGAUGACGAGGACGAGGACAUCUACCAGAUGUUUGUUCCCACAGAGCCUGGCGGGCCAGAACCAGAGGUGACCGCGGAGCGAUCUGAGGCCACCUCGUCGCCCAGGACGGCACGUCCCUGCAGCUGGCAUGUUGAGCAGGUGCCUGCUGUGCAAGUUGAUCCGCCACCUAGUGGGAGCAGAGUCCUGCGGCGGGCGAGCAGUGCAGGUGAGAAGGCCACAGAAGCUCGACAGAGUCCCGAAGACGAGGUCGGUCACAGCAACCUGGAUGUGAUCCACACAGAGUCAUCCAGCAAUGACAUAUCUGGAUCUUCCUCAGCUGAGCAGCUGACAAUAGACGAUAUUGAAAAUGUAUACGACAACAUCAGCUAUGAGGACCUUAAGAGCAUGGGCCUCAUCAGGAGAGACCAAGAGGAAAGCCAAGCAGGGAAAGAGACAAACACAGAGGUGUCACAGAGCCAGGCACCAAGGGUACCAAGUGAGGUUUCAGGGGUCUCAGCACAUGGAAUUGAACCAGACAGUUCAUCUGAGAGCAUUCAGUCUUCCACACAGGAGGGGAGGCAGUUUGGGACAUGUGAGCUCAAGAUAGUAGAGGAGAACAUCUACGACACAAUCUGUUUCAGGGAACCACCAUCAGCAGAGGUUAAAGGAGUGAAUGAAGGAAAUAAAGUCCAACAAGAGAGGAACAGUCUGUUGGCCUCUGAGCAAGACCUAACUGAAAGUCUUGGAGGGUUUGUAUCUGAAGAGAGCCUCCAUUUUGGGGAGAAUGAAGGACCAGACACCUCCCACCCUAUUCCAUGUUCCUCUGAGCCUGAUUAUUCGUCCUCGUCUGCCUCGGAAAUUUUCUCCCAGCAUUCACAGAAAGGGGAUAAAAUGUCAGAGCAGGUCGAUGAGAUCUGGAACGACUUGGAGAACUACAUUAAGAACAAUGAAAAGAAAGCUGAUCGACUUCCUGCUGCCUUUCCCGUUGGUGCCGCCGAGUCCUCCACCAAGUGUUCGUCAGACAGAAACAGCCCUAAAAAGACCCCCUCUGUUAUUACCUCCCAAGCAGCCAGUCCUCCAGCCAGGAGUCCCCCAGCACAUCAGCCUAAAGCCCCACCCAUCACAUCCUCACCUUCAUUCACCAUUCCGGUCAUCAACCUCCCUGAUCAUCUAAGUGAAGGCUCCACUGAGGAAGAAAUCCACAGCCCCACUCCCAUUUCACACCCCAUUCCCGUGACCCCAGAGCCACCUCCCGGCACUGUGAAGAGCAUCCGUAACAGACUGGCUCGCCUCAGCAGCGGCAGCUUCCGCCUAGAGGACGAUGACCUGGUGGAGCUUCCUCAACGAAGCGCUCCUCAGAUGGAGAAUCCCAUCAAGGACAUUCAUGGUUUGUUUCCAGGUGAGCUGGCGGGUCUGGACUCCCCACUGGCCUCCUCCUCUCUCCUGCUCGGUGAGUCUGUGGACUUCCCCAUGGAGCUGAUGGACAAGACAAAGAGCAGGGUGUUCCUGAUGGCACGGCAGUACAGCCAGAAGAUCAAGAAGGCCAACCAGCUGCUGCGCAUGAGGAGCAUGGACCCUGGAGACUCUUGUAGUCGGGCCAGAAUGGAGAAGAAGCAGAAAGACCUGGCAGCAAUUUUAGAGGAGAAGAAACAAGGGGGUGCAGCUAUAGGUGCAAGAAUAGCAGAGUACUCCCAGCUCUAUGACCAGAUAAUGUUUAAAGAUCCUCCUAGUCCUGCUGGUCACGCCUCUGCCACCGCUCACCACGCCCAUCCGGGGCUGUCGUCCUCACCGUCCAUGCCUGAGACCUCACUGGAGGCAGACUGGCUCCACUCCACAUACAGCAACGGAGAGCUGGCCAGCUUUGUCUCCUCGGUCAACAACGUAGGGGAGGCUCGAGCGUCUUCCACCCCGCAGCGCAAACUAACCUCUUCCUGCUCCAUCCCCUCUCUGAAGAGUUUCCCCUCCACUCCAACCACCCCACCCUCUCAGAGGUGGAGUUCAUGCAUGUCGGCACCCAGUGAGAAAGAGGAGCAUGUGUACAGUUCCAUUAAGAGACAUACGUCCUUCAACGCCUCGUCGUUACCCGCCUCAAAGCCUUCCCCGUCCGGUCACUGUCAGUCGCUCAGCUCCCUGGGAGGCCAGCAGCAGGAGAACAACAACCAGUCCGGACUCCAGUGUAACAGACCCACUGUGGAUCGAUCCACAGAUGGAUUUCGCGCACCUAGUCUGGGUCGGGCUGGCCGGCAGAGUAGCCUCCCAGAGCGCUCCACCCUGGGACAGUCGGAACUUACCUUACAUGAUGGUCAACAGGUGGUCGUCUUGAAUCGGGCGUCUGCGUUGAACAUACUCAACGCCACCCAGAACUACCUGGCUAACUUCAGGGACAAUGGGGAAGACGAUGACGACUAUGUGGAGAUCCGAUCGGAGGACGAGAGCGAACAGGAGCACGACAGGUUGGGGCAGAGAAAUGGCAGCUCAGCUGUUCUCCCCAGUCAAAGCCAGGGUAUCGUCCAAUCCCAGAGUCUGCCGUGCACCCCGGUGCGCUCGUGCGACCCACUUAGGUCCCUCGACCGCGAGCAACUGGAGAAAUACCUGUGGAGCGAACCGCAGCAGAGCCAACCCAAAAUCGUCCAGUCUCUGCGGGACAAGUUUCAUUGUCUGAGCUCCAGUAGUUUUGCCUGAAGCAACGCGGCAUCUUAAGCCAAAUCUAUAUAUUAAAUAAAAUACAGCGUAUAGAAGCAAAAGGGGGCACUGCUGCUUUGCAUUGUACGCAUAUGACAAUGUAGUCCACAAACAGAUUCAGAACAGCACAUGUAGAUCAGACUUUCUUUGGUUUUGUCCCCGUUCACAACAGCUUUAGUGAAUAGAUAGGUUACUUUUAAUGUGACGUCAAAGCAUGCAUGUAAGCGGUCUUAGCACUUGCAGGUUCAAACUGUACAUAUUUCAAAGAGUAGUGAUCUAGUGUGGGUAGGUUGGUCACAACAAAAGAACUGACUGGAUGGGUUUUAAUAUUCAGAGGACAUUUUAGAGCGCUGUAGAGGUAACCGUUGUACAGAUGAAGUAUUUGAGGAUAUCUGUUUGAUCUGUUUUCCAAUCAAAACAGACUUUCAAACUGAAAAGUACAAACAUCAAAGGUCAGCUGAUCUCUGCCAGAUGUUGUCACGUGUACCUGACCACUUGCGAGGUUCGUCUUUCUAAAUUUCUCUUAGGUUUAAUUUAACUGCGUUUCGAGUAUGAGUGUAGCCUGUACAAGAGAGGUAAAAAAAAAUCAAAGUGGAGGCUAGUGUUUAAUUUUUAAUUUGUGCUAACACUUUCAAAGGGUUCUGAAUAAGCAGCUUUACAAAAUAAAUUUAAAAUGCAGUCACAUUUGCUACUCAGGCUAGUUUGUCACUUUUAACAGCGCGUCUUUUUUUGUUUUGUUUUUUAGCAAUAACUGUAACAAAUAAAUGAUGCAAAUGUAAAGAAAUCAUGUCGGCUAUUACAAGAUCCCAUAGGUUAAGAAUGACUAGCCUUAGAUCAGUAAGUAUUUGAGCUUAUUUCACUCUAUCUGCCACUUUUGUCAUCAAUAGGGUGUCAUGCUUUAAUAUCAAGAGAUCUAUUAAAACAUAGGAUUUCAUAUUUAUUUUCAAUCUGCGAGGAAGUGAGAGACACUUUUAAUCGUCAUGUAGAGAGUGAAAUGUGCAUCUCAACAAGUGGUUGAUGUUUUGUUUGUUUGUUUGUUUUUGAAACCAUACCAUUUUAAACCUUUGUUUUAAAGAGGGACCACAAAGGAGAGGAUCGAGGAGAGUUUGUUAAAAAAAAAUACAACAGUACUGUAUUUGGUAUAUUUUUUUAAACUCAAAUGGACAGUCAACUCUUUGUUUACGUUAUGGGGCACUCCCAUCUGUCACACUACUGAUAUUGCAUCCACACUCACAGAAAAGAAAGUUUUCACUUCCACCUGGUUCAUACGACACGAUCAUUCUCUCUGCACUCGAGGUUCAUCCAUUCAUCCACAUCAUGUAAACGGGAUUUCUCUAGAAAGGUCACUAAAUGUAUCUUACGUUAUUUGGUUGAUAUCCCAAUGUUGUUAUUAACGCCCUUUAUCACUCUUACUUAAAGCCACAGACUGGUUGUAAAUUAAAAAAUAUAUUUAUUAUUAAAAGAUGGUUUUAUUAUCAUUUUAAAGGGCACUCACAAAAUUUGAAAUCAGAUACUGUGAAUAUUUUUUAAGAAAUGGCAUUCAAGUUUUCUAUCACGCACUGCUUACUUUCAAGUUCCAAAUCAUGAAAACACGUGAAAAGUUGAAAAGCACAAUAUCAUGGCCUACUGUUCACAUCAGGAAUUGUGCGUCAAACACAAGUUAGGUAUAUGAAGUAUGUUUGUUUUUUUUUGUGUACAUUUUUUUAAUCCUCUGUUUCACUGGUGGGGAUUGUUGGUCUUCAUUGACUCUUUUUUGCACUUUUCUGUCUUUUUUUAUGUUUUAUUUGUAAACACUUUGUAAAGAUGUACAUUUUAGGAAAGUUAUUCUUGUAUGCCAUAGGUAUGCUUUACAAUGCUUUAAUGUUUAAGUUAAAUGUACUGUAUUUUUUUAACUGCCUAGUUGUCAUUGCUCAACAAAACAGUGUAUUGGAGAUAAUAAAUUCAAAUUAAACAGA